GCUUUUCGGCCGCUGUAUGCACACGCAUGUCAUCCUUAAAAUCUUGUGACACAAAACAAACGUCUUCUUUUAUCUGAUUAACAACAUACGACUCGUCCAUCAUAUUUAAAUGUCGAUAAGAAAUAAGUUCUUUUAAGUGAUUUGUCAACACUUUGCCGCCAACUUCGACUCGUCGUAUGCCACGUUCCAUGCGCCGUCCUCGCACAAAUGGUACUACGUGGGUGAAACUAUAUCCAACGUCUAUGACAACACAAUUCAGUGCCUGCAAAGGGCUUUCUUCGCUUUCCGCUGCAUAAUUAUAUGCUGCCAACUCAGCGGUUGUACACUUGUGCACUCCGGAGCAGUGAUACUCUUCGAAGAGUAUUUCCAUCAUAGCUUCUUGUAUACUGGGGAAAUUUAGUUGUGGUUCAGUUAUUACUAUAGGACGAUCUUCCAGGGAAAUACCGGUUCCUUCGUUGCUAAAUAUAUGAUCCCAAACGGUCUUCUGAAUAUCCCAGUUUAGAAGAUAUCCCUUUUGAAAACACAGUAUAAAAAAUAGUCCGGAAGCAUCCCGGCAUUCGUCAAUUUGGCUACCAAUAAAUGCACGCCUUCGUUCCGCUUUUGCCUUCAUAAUACAGUUGGGCACAAUAGACGGAUCAUCUUGCGUUGAUAAACCUAUUUUGGCAGUAUAUGCACCAUUAUCCAACACAACGGCAUCCAUUUUUAUGAAUCGAAAUCGUUUUAAUAAAUAAUAUCGCUAUUCAGACGAACUAAUUUCAUAUAAACAAAAAUCAACACACGAAUAAACAACUCUCAUUUGACAAUUAACUUUGACAGUUAAGUGCACAAAUGUCAUUUCAGAACAAUAACAAAAUUUAUUUGACGUUAACUUCAGUAGUUGUCAAAUUUUCGCAAUAGAAAAGGAAAAUUUUAUGUAAUAAUAGAAAUCUUACUUAUUUGCCACAUUAAAUAUGUCCUUUGUGCGUCAAAUUUUAGCGAAAACUCCCCAGGGAGUUCAAUGGGCAAAAACAAUCAACAAUGGUAGUCGCUGUAUGUCGUCCGUGGGCUCACGCGAUGCCCCACCAAUCGAUGUGUCCGAAGUAAUCUCCCAACCUGAGGAAUUGGAGAGGAAACAGAAACUUAGCGGAGCUAUCACAGUCCCCACAAAGGUCGAUCUUAGCCCUAUAAGUGGAGUGCCGGAGGAACAUAUUAAAACACGUCGUGUAUGCAUUCACUUGCCACCCAAAAAUGCUAUGCAAAGUGGUACUGAUAAUUUGAAACAUUGGGUGAUUGAGUUCGACAACCGUGAACGAUGGGAAAAUCCAUUAAUGGGUUGGACCUCAACCGGCGAUCCAUUAUCGAAUUUGGAAGUAACAUUUGGUUCCAAGGAAGAAGCAAUUGAGCACUGUGAACGCAAUGGUUGGCGUUGGUUUAUUGAUGCUGAGGAAAAACCAAAAGUAGAACGUGUCAAAAAUUAUGGCUUGAACUUCCACUGGAAUAGGCGCACUCGCUCAUCGACGAAAUAAGCACUAAAUGGAGAAUAAAUGCGGAAGGGUUUUCUUGCAGUUUUCAAAUAUCAUUAAAGGAAUACCAUAUAAAUAUUGUAAA